AUGUCACUCCGAGCGAAGGCGACUCUAACUGGUGCCUGUCUUUUCACCGCCCUCACCGUCUAUGCGGUUCACUUUCAGCAGAAGCAGGAACGUGAGACGCAAUACCAAGGCGUUUUAAAGGACGACGUCCGCCGGACGGAGAAGAUGCGCCAGCGCCAGGAGGAUUUUGAAGAAUCCAAGCGGAAGCGCGCCUUGUACGAGAGUGUCGAAAAGGUUGAUAAAACUACGUCUGGUGCAUGA